AUGAUUUUGUAACUAACUACAAAGUUUAAGCAGGAUCUGUUAGGAAAAAUUAAUGGUCCAGUCUAAGUGAGAUCUUUCUAUCCAAGAUAAAUUAUUUGCUUUGGAAUGGAUGGAUUAGACAUCUAUUAAGCUAAAAUCUUCUCUCAAAUGAAGUUUAUUAAAGCUUAAUACUAGCCCUUUCAUGUUUGAUAUUUAUUUUGAUUCAUAGUAGAGGAAUUGAGAGAAGAAUUAGAUACAAGAUUUGAGUCAGAAAAAAAUCGAGGAAGUCUGAACUUAAAGAUAAAUAAUUUAAUUUAUUUAACAAUGCCAAAAGCUUUAUUUAUGUUAACGAUGUAGCUAUGGGCGUUUCAAAAAAUAAACCUAAUAUGUUAAAUGAUCAUAUGGUCAAUUAAUCAAAAUAAUUUAUGUGAAUACAAAUAAAAAUUAGACGGUCAUGUUAAUUUUAUUAGAUAUGUUUUAAUUAAUAAAACUUACGAUCUUAUAAUUUCUGGUAGUGAUGAUAGGACAAUUAAAUUUUGGCAAAAAAAAUUUUAAUGGAACUGUAAGUAAACUAUUAAUGAUCAUAAUAAUAGAGUGUUAGCAUUAUGUAUAAAUGAAUAAUAAAAUAAAUUAAUUAAAUGCAGUGAAGAAAUUCAAUACUAAUCAUUGAAUUUUCAGAAUCAGACAGAAGAUGGGUUGUGA